CUGGUGUACCAAUGUACUGGGCAACUGGAUUCGCAAACGAAUUAUCUCUUCAAAAUUGUAGUAGCAAUAAGGAUGCUUAUGACCACUUAGAAGAUACAACGACGUCUGCCGAUACCACAGUCUUCCCUCAACCACUUGACAUCGUCGCUGUUCAACCAACAUCUCAAGCUGCCUUUUUUGUAUCGUGUACUCAGAGCUCAAUACAGCUUUGGUCAGUCAAGCCAAGAGUAGUUUUGUCACAUGUUGAGCGCUCGGCCGCUCACGUACGAGACUUUGGAAAAAACGUCUCGUUAAUAUGGAAGCCAGAUGCAACCGCCUUUGUUGCCAUUACAGACAAACAGUAUCUGUUGUUAUAUGUCAUUCUCCCGUUCGAGAAUGCCUCGCUACAGCUAAAUAGCACCCAAAGUACACAUGGAUAUACUCACGGCCCGGGAGAAGCCAAGGGUCCAAAGACUAUGAUCAUCAAGUUUCGCCUUGCUAUUAGAAUAGAUGCUGGUAUAUCAUGUGGGACAUCUUCUGAAGACAGUCUUAUUAUUACAACUAUGAAGCCUACAGCUGUACAGCGGGUUUCUUGGAACCCACAGGAGGUUAGUCAAACGGGUACAAAUAUGGUGUCAAAAAUGGCAUGGAUACGACCAGACACAUCCAUUGUAUAUAUGACCUACAACAAAGCCAUGAACAUUUCAGUCUGGAUUACUUCUGAUGGUCGCGCACAUUUUGUGAAAUGUCUAAAGUCCCACUCAAGGUCCCGUAGAGGAAGUAAGGAAGCAAUAGAGUCAGCCAAGACCGGAGCUUCGCUGAACGAGGGAAAACCUGGUGAUGAAAAGAAAGGAACAAGCAGUCAUGAGCAUGAAGACAUUAUUCCGAUCAUGCCAUCCUUUUCAGUACAAAGUUCUUGGUCUGGAUUAUGUUUCCAUAAUACCGGCGAUGAAAGUCUUCAAGAACAACACGCUACGUCUAUAUCGAUCAAUGCUCGUUUCUCUCUGAUUGCCAUUGGAACAAAAAGUGGCGAUGUCUUCGUCUACUCCGCUCAGAGCUACACCUCCACACCUACUUUUUCGCACAAGAUGGAUCUUUCAUCACCGAGGCAAUGGUCUCCGACAACAGCGUCUCCUAAAAGCGAGUCGUACGGUGAGGUGAAGACGGUUUCGUGGACAAGUGAUGGAUAUGCGUUAGCGGUAGGAUAUGAAGGUCGCGGAUUGGCGGUUUGGAGUGUGUAUGGUCAUCUACUCUGCUCUACAGAGAAUGCAGAGGAUACUAGCGCUUCUGCAUCAAUCACCAAGGAUAGAGAUACUCCCUUUCAGGAUAUCUUUGCACACAAUGUGAAUUUUCUGUUCUGGGGGGCCGGCAACACAACACUCUUCAUUCUCUCCAAAAGCAGUUUAGUAGACCCAUCAUCAUCACCGGAUCCGAGUACAAAGCAAUACAGCAAACUGUACAGUCUUCCUUUUGCAAAAUCCGCCGUUGUACUCAUGCACAGUCCUGACAAUGCUAAAAAUGGACUACUGCAGAUGGACGAUCGUUUGUUAUUGUACAAUGGUGGUGACCAUCAAGAAAGUUCGACUACCAUUGACCCCGACUCAGUAUCAUGGAGUCAUAUAUCGUUUCCUACAAUGUAUAUAUCUGAACAUUGGCCGAUCAGGUACGCUUCCAUUGAUCCUGACGGCAAGUGGAUCGCCAUUGCUGGUAAACGAGGUUUAGCUCAUUACAGCACCCUGUCUGGACGAUGGAAAAUGUUUGGAAACCAGCAACAGGAACAAGAGUUCCAUGUACGUGGAGGCAUUGCAUGGUUCAAACACGUACUGAUUGCAGCAUGUGAAAUCCCUAACGGUCUUCAUAGCCGGUAUCAUGUCUUACGGUUUUAUUCCCGAGAAUCCAACCUGGAUAACGCAUACAUGCUACAUCAAUUGCCAUUGAAGCAUCCAGUGAUCUAUAUGAGUGUUACAGCGUCGUAUCUCCUUGUAUACACGUCGGACAAUGUUUUAAGCAUAUAUCGCUUGACAAGCAGAUCUGAAAAUGGCGCAGGAGCUUUCCACGCAGAACUUAUGAGGCAUAUAACUCUGUCUGGUGUGGUUGCCCAAGUUGCUAGAGUGCGGAGUAUCAGCCUGCUCGAGUCCAAGUGUGGAGGUCAAAUCGGGACGGAAACUGAUCUCAUGAAUGCCAGGCUAGUACUACUUGUUGAUGGCAAGCUGAUAAUCUUAAGUCCCAAAACGGAGGACUUGGAUGAUGACCGUAUAGGAGACGUACAUUACGAACUAGAUGUCCUGGCAGAGAGGGCCGAAUACUAUUGGACACAAUCGAAACGGCUUGGAAACCUGGACACUUCCAUAUGGGCGGUGGAUGGAAAAGGCAUCAAGGUCUUUACAAAUUUGAUCACGGGUGAAGAGUCUGAAUACGACGACGUGUUACGAGAACCCAAUUCACCCGUUGAGCACCCAUCUGAGACGGAUGGAAACAGACCUUAUUCAUUACGGUCGCUUACAUCUGGUCAUGUUGCAACUGCACCUUAUUUCACAGAUGAUGUAAAACGGUGGCGUACUAAUCAUGUUAAAACUGUCAUCGAAGAGGCCGUGUACAUACCACUGGACUUUUAUCCAUUAUCGGUCUUACUCAAGAAAGGAAUCGUUGUGGGCAUUGAACAGAACAUCACUCUGCAGACCAGUUUGGGUCUCUUGCAGUUUAGGUUGAUAACCAAGACUCACUUAUUCCUGCACCACAUAUUGCGAAAUCUACUUACGCACGGCUAUGAAGUAGAUGCCGUGACAUUUGCCAAGAUAUUCCAAAAAUUAGUGUAUUUCGGACAUGCACUAGAGAUAUUACUGCACACUGUGCUUGAAAAAGAGGCCGAUAGCCCUAAUCAACAUGAGAGCGGCGCCAUUUUACCUAUCGUUAUUCAAUUCUUGGAUCAAUUUCCACAUGCUCUGGAUGUCAUCGUCGGCUGUGCCCGUAAGACUGAGGUUGCACUAUGGGAGCAUUUAUUUUCCAUUGUCGGUAACCCGCAGGACUUGUUUGAGUUGUGCUUAAGGGAGGACCGCUUAAAGACAGCCACUUCAUAUUUGAUCAUAAUUCAAACCCUGGAACCACUCUCGGUUGCAAGCCAUGAUACGGUUUUACUGUUGCAAAGCGCUAUUGAUGCUGGAAAUUAUGAGUUGGGUAAAGAACUCGUACGCUUCCUAAAUUCCAUUGAUCACACUGGCCAAACUUUACAAGAAGCUGUUAUGGCUAUUGGGUCCAUAGCCAGUCUGAGUAACGUCAGGGCGGAGGCAACAGAAACAAGUCAUAUGACGGAUUGAGGAACUUGCUCGGAUUAAGAAUGUCUUGAUGCAAUGUCUCUGAUUGGCUCGUCUCACUGGUCACGCCUGUCUUGGUGGGGGGAGGUGGGGUCCCAUUCCCACUCCCCAUGAAAAAAAUGUUCAUUUUAUAUCCACAAGUUUCCAUCGCUUAUUCUUUCUCUCUCUCUUCUUUUUCUUAUUAUCGUCUACUUGGAUCAUCGUCUUGUUUAAUUAUUCCCUUUAUACCAUCACUUCUAUUUUUUUUUAAAACAACCCCCUUGUAACCUUUUGAACCCAUCAACUAUUCAAUAUGAGCUGCUAAAAAAAGUCUACCCAACAACCCCAUUCCCAAGCCAAAUUAUGAAAUUUACCUUUCUACCCAACAUCUCUGAAUCACACUU